AUGGAGCCACCCUUGUCUUCCAAAAUGUUUGCCUCUCUCACCAUAAUACUGAUGAUGGCUACCUCCGUCGCCCUUGUCUCGGCCGCCUCGCUUGAAAAACAAGCAGGAGCACUCCUUGCCUGGAAAGCCACCCUCAGCAACCAUAGCCAAGUCUCCCUGGAAUCAUGGGGAAACAUGUCGUCAGCGCCUUGUAGUUGGGGUGGAAUCCGGUGCGCUGCACUGACAACACGACGACAGCGGCAUCGGGGCCGGCCGGUGAUCACCGGUGUCUCUCUACGGGGAUUGAAGCUAAGAGGGUCGCUGGAGUCCAUGGACUUCUCGGCCUUGAGUACCUUGGCGACCCUCGACCUCUCGCACAACCAGCUCUCUGGGAGCAUUCCUUCAAGCAUAGAGCAUCUUAGAGAGCUCCAUGCUCUACUUCUGCACGGCAAUCAGAUAAGAGGCUCGAUUCCACCUGCUUUAGCAAACCUCACAAAACUAACAACCCUGCGUCUUUCCAACAGUGAGCUUGUUGGGUCAGUUCCUCGAGAAAUUGGGAGUUUAGGGAUGCUGAAAGAGCUCAAUAUUAGUGUAAACCAACUUGAAGAUUAUAUUCCAACUAGUAUAGGAAAUUUAACACAACUAACAACGCUUCAUCUUCAUAGUAACAAAUUCAUCGGAUCCAUUCCUCGGGAAAUAAGAAAUUUGGUAAACCUGGAGGAUUUGAUACUCGGAUUGAACAAACUUACAGGAUCCAUACCAGUAUACUUGGGAAAUUUGACUAAAUUCACGACUUUGCUUCUCUGGGGUAACGACUUGUCUGGCCACAUUCCUCAAGAACUAGGUCAUUUGAUAAACUUAGAGAACUUGUCGCUUUCUUACAACAAACUAACAGGCCAAAUUCCUCCAGAACUAGGUCGUUUGAUAAACUUAAAGAAAUUGGGGCUUGGUGAAAACAAACUAACAGGUCCCUUCCCAAACAAUCUAUGGAAUUUAACCAAACUCACUAUAUUAUACUUUGGUAAUAACCAACUUUCUGGCCACAUCCCACCAGAGCUAGGUCGUAUGAUAAACUUAGAGAUCUUGUUUCUUGGUGAAAACACAUUAACAGGUCCCCUUCCAAACAAUCUAUGUAACUUGACCAAACUCACUAUAUUAGAGCUUUUUAGUAACCAACUUUCUGGACACAUCCCUCGAGAGAUAGGUCGUUUGAUGAACUUAGAGAUCUUGAACCUUAGUUACAACACAUUAACAGGUCCCAUCCCAAAUAGCAUAGGGAAUUUGACUAAGGUCACUGUCAUAGAUUUAAUGUUCAACCAACUUUCUAGACACAUUCCUCCAGAAAUUGGCAGGUUAACGAGAUUGGCUAGGUUCCAAGCUUCCAUUAACAAUCUCUCUGGUGACUUGCCAUCGGGUAUUUGUGGGAGAGGCCAGCUGCAGUAUUUCACCGUCAGUGGCAACAACUUGGUUGGUCCCUUUCCUACAAGCUUGCUAAGCUGCAGAAGCCUAGUGGGAGUUCGCCUUGAGGGAAAUCAGCUGGAAGGAGAUAUUUCUGAGAUGGGAGUUCACCCGAAUCUUGUAUAUAUUGAUAUCAGUUCAAAUAGACUAUUUGGUCAACUUUCUGAUGGUUGGGGUGAGUGCCGCAACCUUACCACGUUGCGUGCCUCAAACAACAAUAUCACUGGAUUCAUACCACAAAGCAUAGGGCAAUUAUCACGGUUGCAGAUACUUGAUGUUUCCUCAAAUAAACUUGAAGGACAAAUCCCACCAGAAAUUGAUGGUCUAUCGGCAUUGUUCAAUCUGAGCCUUGGUAAUAACUUGCUUCAAGGAGGUAUACCACAGGAAAUUGGAACAUUAAAAGAAUUGGAGUAUCUGGAUUUAUCAUCAAACAACUUGAGUGGGUCGAUACACGGGUCCAUUGAGCAUUGCUCCAAGCUUCGCACUCUGAAGUUGAGCCAUAAUCACCUCAACGGCAGCAUUCCUAUCGAACUAGGGAUGUUGGUAAACCUACAAGAUUUGUUUGAUCUAAGUGACAAUUCAUUCGAAGGCAAGAUACCGAGUCAGCUAGGCAGCCUAAGCAUGCUCGAGAACUUGAAUCUUUCAAACAAUGCAUUGAACGGCAGCAUUCCAUCAUCAUUUCAGAGCCUAAUCAGCCUCUUAUCCAUGGAUGUGUCAUACAACAAACUGGAAGGGCCGGUUCCACGAAGUGUGUUCUUUGAAGAUGCUCCAACUGAAUGGUUUUUGCACAAUAAUCAACUCUGUGGUGUAGUUAAAGGUUUGCCCUCUUGUGAAAUUACUCAAAGUCAUGGACAACAUAAGAAUUACAAAGUUGUUUUACUAGCUAUAAUUCCUGCUCCAAUAACUCUUGUGCUCAUCACCACAGUAGUAACCCUAUUGAGAUAUAAAAGGAAGAAAUAUAGCGCAGAAAGUGGUAAUGACUUGGAGCAGACAAAGUUGUUCACCAUCUGGAACUUUGAUGGACAAGAUCUGUACAAGAAAAUUGUUGACUCCAUGGAGAAUUUCGGUGAUAGUCACUGCAUUGGAACUGGAGGUAGUGGGUCAGUGUAUAGAGCUGAGUUACCUAGUGGUGAAAUAUUUGCGGUGAAGAAGAUCCAUCUGAUGGAAGAUGAUGAGUCAUUUGAUCAUGAAAUAGAUGCAUUGAUUCAUAUUCGGCAUCGAAACAUUGUGAAGUUAUUUGGCUACUGUUCUACACCUCAGGGAAGAUUUCUGGUGUACGAAUACAUGGACAGAGGAAGCUUAGCAGAAUCUUUAAAGAACAAGGAAAGUAUAGCUGAAUUGGAUUGGAUAAGAAGGUUAAAUAUAAUCAAUGAUGUUUCUCAUGCUUUAUCUUACAUGCAUCAUGAUUGCUUUGCACCGAUAGUCCACAGAGACAUAUCAAGCAGCAACAUUUUGCUUGAUCUGGAAUUCAGAGCAUGCAUCUCUGAUUUUGGUAUAGCCAAAUUACCAUCUGCGGAUGAUUCAAACUGCACAAGGCUUGCUGGGACAAAAGGGUAUCUUGCCCCAGAGCUUGCAUACUCAACAAGGGUGACAGAGAAAUGCGACAUCUAUAGUUUUGGAGUGCUCACGCUCGAGUUGUUCAUGGGACACCAUCCAGGUGAUUUUCUUUCAUCCAUGCCCGAUAAGAGUACAUCACUCAAGGAUUUGUUGGACAUCCGGAUCCCACUCCCUGCAGCUGAGGUCCGAAGCAAAGUAUUCAAAGUGAUCGCGUUUGCUGUUCGGUGCAUAGAACCCAAUCCAUCACGCCGUCCAACAAUGCAGCAAGCAAUCAAGGUGUUCACUGCAGCUGGAGGACCUGAUAAUCAUGUUGAUCAUCUGCAUACUGGCAUUGUUAUCCCUGCCUGCUGGUCGUGA